CAGGCGCGAAUGGCGGCGGCGGCCCCGGCGCAGGACCUGAUGGCCUUCGAGGACGUGGCCGUGUACUUCUCUCAGGAGGAGUGGGGGCUCCUGGACGCAGCCCAGCGGGCCUUGUACCAUCAGGUGAUGCUGGAGAACUUUGCCCUCGUCGCCUCCCUGGGACUUGCCGUCUCCCGCCCCCAUGUGAUCGCCCAGCUGGAGCGUGGUGAGGAUCCCUGGGUUCUUGCUGGGAUGGACGUGGCCAUGACCAGGAGCUCCCACAGGAGGCCCAGCCCCGGUUCCCAGCACCCGGCCAAGGAUGGAGAGGUUUCUGGAGAAGUGACGCUGCUGACAACUUUCCUGGAAGCCCCGUCUCGGGUGCCGCCUGGGGCCCUCCGCUCAGGGGAUGCUGUCCGGGGACUGGAAAAGCGCCGGGAGUGUCGGUGGGGCCCUGCGCCCUGUCAGGAGAGAAAGCCCAGCGGGGUGUCCGUGAUCUACUGGGAAAAGCUGCUGCUGGGCGCAGGCCGUCAGGGGGCGGGAGUCAGCCUGCGACUCACCUCCCCGCUGAGGGCUCCCGAGGGCGGCCCGCCCGGGAAGCAGACCCCUGGCAGGACUGCCCGGCGAGGCGCCGGCCUCGAGGUGGGUGACGCCAGUGGGGCCCCGGGCCGGGGCACGGUCUGGCCCGCGCCCGGGAGCCCCCCCGCCGGCCCGGAGCCGCCGACCUGGGAGGAGCUGGGGGAGGCGCUGCAGGCGGGCAGCGGCCUGCUCGCGGGAGAGAAGCCCUUCGAGUGCCGCGCCUGCCGCAAGGUGUUCGUGAAGAGCUCGGAUCUGCUCAAGCACCUGCGCACGCACACGGGCGAGCGGCCCUACGCCUGCGCGCAGUGCGGCAAGGCCUUCAGCCAGACGUCGCACCUGACGCAGCACCAGCGCAUCCACAGCGGCGAGACGCCCUACGCCUGCCCGGCCUGCGGCAAGGCCUUCCGCCACAGCUCGUCGCUCGUGCGGCACCAGCGCAUCCACACGGCCGAGAAGGCCUUCCGCUGCGCCGAGUGCGGCAAGGCCUUCAGCCACGGCUCCAACCUCAGCCAGCACCGCAAGAUCCACGCGGGCGGCCGGCCCUACGCCUGCGCGCGCUGCGGCCGCCGCUUCUGCCGCAACUCGCACCUGAUCCAGCACGAGCGCACGCACACCGGGGAGAAGCCGUUCGCCUGCGCGCUCUGCGGCGCCGCCUUCAGCCAGGGCUCUUCGCUCUUCAAGCACCAGCGCGUGCACACGGGCGAGAAGCCGUUCGCCUGCGCGCAGUGCGGCCGCGCCUUCAGCCACAGCUCCAACCUCACGCAGCACCAGCUGCUGCACACGGGCGAGCGGCCCUUCCGCUGCGGGGACUGCGGCAAGGCCUUCGCCAAGGGCGCCGUGCUGCUCAGCCACCGGCGCAUCCACACGGGCGAGAAGCCCUUCGUGUGCGCGCAGUGCGGCCGCGCCUUCCGCGAGCGCCCGGCCCUCUUCCACCACCAGCGGGUCCACACCGGGGAGAAGGCGGCGCGCAGGCCCCGGGCGCAGGCCCCGGCCCGAGCGGCCCCGGGGGGCGCCGCAGACGCAGCUCCCGGGCGGGUGGCCGGGCCCCUUCCUGGCCCUGGCCCGUCCGCGGGGGCCAGGUCCGCGCAGGUCUGA